AUGUCAAGUAAUAUAGAGUCUAACAAUUCUUUAAACGAUGAGGAUGAUAAUAAAACAUUAAAUAUAAACAGGGACAAUAAUUUGAUUGAAUCGAAUGAUAAUGUAUAUAGUUUAGGUGAAUAUAAGAACGAGUUAAAUGAAGCUGAUUGUAGUGAUAAUAUAAAAACUGAAAAAGAAGUUAGUAAUAUAUAUAAUGAUGAUGAAAAGAAUGAUAUUGAAUAUAUGAAUAACAUAUGUAAUAAAAAUGAAAAUUUAGAAGAAAAAACUAAUGUUUUAAAAGAUACAGGUGUAGAUGUACCAUUCUGUUAUAAUAAUAAUUCAAAUAAUGGAACUCAUCAUUGUGAUAAUGAAGAUGAUGAAGAAGAUAAUGAUUAUAUAAAUAACAGUGAAACACGUAAGAAUGGUAAUGAUAGUGAUAUUGAUUAUGUUAGUAAUUUCUCUUCUAUGGAUCCUGAUAAAAAUUGUAAUAGAAGUAAUUCCUUUGCAUCUAAUGGAGAUAAAGAAUCCAAUGAUAAUAAUUUAAAUAAAAAGUCUCAGAAUGUAAAUUAUUUAAAUACACAAAAAAAAGAUUAUGAAAAAUUGAAAGGUGAGGAAUAUCCCUUCUCUGGAAAUUUUGAAAAAAAUGAUGAAAAUAUAUCUAAUGAGAUAAAAGAUUCGGUAGAUGAAAAUAUUGAGAUAUAUGAAAAUGGUAUCAGUGGUAUGAAUAUAUUAAUUGGUGAAAAUGAAAAUCAUAAGGAAAAUAUGAAAAAUAUGGAAAAAAAGGAAAUUAAUGAAAAAAAUGAAGUGGAAAAAAUAAAUGAAGAGAAUAAUAUGAAUAAUAUGGAUAAUAUGGAUAAUAUGAAUAUUUCUAUCAAUUAUGAUAAUAAUAAUAAUAAUGAUGAUAUAUAUAAAUCAGGUGAAAAAGAAGAUUCAAAUAAGUUGUAUGAACAAUAUUUAAAUGAUUCAAAAAAUAACGGAGAUACAUUAAAUAAUGAUAAUGUUGAUAAAUUAAAUUCUUAUAAUUUAAAAGAUUUCUUUAUAGAUAAUAAUAAUAAUUAUAAUGUGAAGGAAGAACAAUAUUCCAAAGAAUGUAUAAAAAAUAUAAAUUCGGAUGAAAAAAUGGAUGAAACAAAUAAAUUAAAUAAUAAUAAUGAUAAUAAUAAUAAUAAUAAUAAUAAUAUUAAGGAUUGUAAUUCUAAUUAUAUAAACCCUAUUAAUAAUGAGAAUAUAUCAAUAGAUCAAGAAAACUAUAAUAAUGAUGAUGCAAAAAUAGAUCAGUUGUUGAAUAAUAUACCUAAUACAAAUGGUUCAAAUGGUUCAAAUGGUUCAAAUGAUGCAAAUGAUGUAAAUGAAAAAUCACAUGAAUUUAAAAGAAUAGAUUUAUUAAAUACGAAUUAUAAAAAAAGUGUAAUCAAUAAUGAUAAUAUGAAUAAUAUAAAUAUUGAUAAUAAUUAUAAUAAUAAUAAUAGUGGGUUAUCUAAUAAUAUGAUGUAUAGUAACCACAUAGGAGACAAUACAUAUCAUAAUAAUAUAUAUAAUAAUAAUAAUAAUAUAAAUAAUACAAUGAAUGAUCAAUUUUUUAACUAUCAACAUAUGAAUUACACAAAUGAUAAUAACGAUCCAUCGUAUAUUUAUUUGAAUCAAGAUAAUAUGAUCUAUGAUAAUAUAAAUAAAUAUAAUGUGUCAAAUAAUCCUGAUUAUCUCAUUAAAGAUAAUGAAAUGAUGAAUUAUAAUCAGAUGGGUUAUAUUAACAAGAAUGUGAAAGAAGAAAAUAUGAACAAUUUUAAUGAGGGUGAUUAUUAUUUUAUUAAAGGAAAAAUGGGAAAUAUAGAAAAUAUGAAUAAUUUGGAAUAUAUGGAAUAUAAUAAUAUAAUGAAUAGUAACAAUAACAAUAAUAGUAUUAGUAAGAAGAGAAGAUCUAAAAAGAAAGAUAAUGUUGUUAAAGAGGAUAUAAAGACAGAAAAUAAAUUAUAUGAAAUGAAAGAUGGAAAUACAAAUAGAAAAAGGAGAAAUAGUUAUAUGAGUGAUGAAAAAAGAAAAGAAAGAAAAUCAACUAUAUAUGAUAAUAAAAUGAUACCAAAUAAUGAUAAUAAUAAUAAUAAUAUUAAUGUGGAUAAUAAUUUUAUGCAUACUAAUUAUGAAUAUAUAAACAACAACAGCAACAAUAAUAAUAAUAAUAGUAAUAAUAAUAUGUAUAUAUCUAACAAUUUAAAUAAUAUGAAUUAUAAAAACUAUACAAAUGAUGUAGAUAACAUUUCAUAUAUAAAUGAAUCCUUAAGUAAUAAUGAUCAACAUUAUAAUAUGAAUAAUUUAAUAAAUACUAAUGGUGAUAAUCUUUAUGGUAUGAAUAAUAUGAAUAUGGGAUAUUUAAAAAAUCAUACAAAUGAGGAUACAAACAUAGAACAAGGUGAAGCAUAUCAUAAUAAUAUUAAUCAAGCAUAUGAUAGUCAAAAUAAUAAUAAUAAUAAUACGACAAAUGGUACUACUACUACUAAUAAUAAUAAUAAUAGUAAUAAUAAUAAUAAUAAUAAUAAUAAUAAUAAUAAUAAUAAUAGUAGUAGUAAUAAUAAUAAUUCAUAUAAUAUUAGUAACGUUAUUAGUAAAGGGGGGAACGGUAAUGAGAACCAACAAAAUUAUAAUUUCAAUGAAAUUAAUAAUAAUAUGAAUGAAAACUCAGAUUAUGCAAAUUUAUCAAAAAAUACAGAAUAUGAUGGAUAUGAUGAAUAUGUUAAUUUAGGAGAUCAAAAAAAUGAUGAUAUGUCUGAUGACUCAAAUUCUUGUGAUGAGAAAGGAAAUGAUAAAAAUGGUGAUAGUAUAGAUUCGGCUGAUAAAAAAAAAGGAUCAAAAAGUGAUAGUGAAACAUUAUUACCAAUAGCUAACAUUAGUAGAAUUAUGAAAAGAAUUUUACCUGGAUCUGCAAAAGUAGCUAAAGAAAGUAAGGAUAUUAUAAGGGAGUGUGUAACUGAAUUUAUUCAGUUCCUAACCAGCGAGGCUAGUGAUAGGUGUACGAGAGAAAAAAGAAAAACCAUAAAUGGAGAGGAUAUUUUAUAUUCUAUGGAAAAAUUAGGCUUUAAUGAUUACAUAGAACCAUUAACUGAAUAUCUCAAUAAGUGGAAGCAAUUGAAGGAAUUAAAUAACUCCAAUAAUUACCAUGAAAAAAAAUUUGAUAAUAUAAAAAAAACACAGGAAUCAAGCGAUUUAAAUAAUAAUAAUAACAAUUCAGUUGAAAAUAAGAAUGUAGAAGAAAAUGUAUAUACCGAAGAAAAUUAUCGCAUAAUGAAUAAUGUUUAUAAUGAUCAGAAUGAGAUAUUUGAGACUAAUAUAAAUAAUAUUUACACGAAUUCAAAUGAUUGUGAAUAUGCAAAUGGGGUAUAA